CCCCCCACCUCCUACACCCCCCACCUUCUACACCCUCUCACCCUCCCCCAGUUGCCCCCCCUCUGUCGGCUGCAACACCACAGCUGCCAUGUCCGGACAGGACCCGUUCUACUCGGUCAAGGAUGAGGUUCAGAACUCGAUGAAGACCGCGCUGGCGCUGUACGAGUCGUGGCAGCGCCUGCUCGAUGCGGGCUCGCGGGCCGACGCCGAGGAGAUGCAAUGGACAGACAACGAGCUGAAGAACACACUCUCGUCGAUCGAGUGGGACCUGCAGGAUCUGGAGGAGACCAUCCUCAUUGUGGAGCGCAACCCAGACCGAUUCCAGCUCUCGCAGGCUGAGAUCUCCUCGCGCAAGGACUUUGUCGACGAGACCCGGGCCAAGCUCAAGCGGCUUCAGGACCAUCAGCUCGAUGCGCGAGCUCAGGUGCAGUCGAGUCAACGCGCAGCGCUGAUGUCGGUGGGCGGAAGCGCUGGCGGCGCCCGUGGCGGCUCCGGCUCGUCAAAGUAUGCCCGCCUCGACGACGCUAUCGCCGCUGACAACAACCGCUUCGUCGGCGAUCAGAUGGCGCAGCGGCAAGAGGUCAUGGCCCAGCAGGACCUCGAGCUCGGCACGGUCAGCGACGCUGUCUCGCGCCUCAAGCACAUGGGCGAGGCUAUCGGCGACGAGCUUGACGCCCAGGCCGACAUCCUCCUCGAGUUUGACGCCGACGUCGACCGGGUCGGCUCGCGCCUCGCCACCACCACCGCCAAGCUCAACAAGCUCCUCGCCUCCAUCAAGGACAAAAAGUCGAUGUGCACCAUCGUCUUUCUCAUCCUCACGCUCACCGUCCUUCUCGUCCUCAUUGUCACAAGCAAGUAGUUCCGUACCUUCCACUUGUCCCCCCGCUCGUCGUCCCCUCAUCCCAGAGUUGAACUCUAGCUUGCUACACA